CCAUUGAGUGAUUUGACAUUUUCCGUGGUACGAUCUUGGAGAACUCGUUAAGUAUGUAUUGGAUAGCACCAUACCAGAGACUCGCAUACAUAAAAUCCAUUUUUGAAGUUCACAUUUCUGAUUAUUUGUUCAAAAUGUGUCAACAAUACAACUUUUAUUUUGAAUUGUUAGAGCGUCGCACUUCCUUCUGCCAGCUCGAGCCCAGCGAGGUUCGGUCGUUCUGCGCGGGCGAAAGGACUUCGCGAUGAGGUGAAACAAACGAAACACGCUCCAAAAAUGAACACAACCGAGAAGAAGCUCGCGGACCUGAUACGCAAGCACCCGAACCUGUACGACCAAUCGCGGCGGGACUACAAGGACAACCUGAAGGGCCACUUGUCGUGGAGGGACAUCGCGGACAGCAUGGGGAAGUCCGAGGAGGAGGUGAAGCUCAAGUGGAAAAAUCUACGCGACAAGUUCUGCAAGGCGAAGAAGCGAAUCGCCAAGAGGAGCGCGCCGCUGCUGCCGACGGACGAGGAGAGCCCGCUGAGGAGGCCCGUCCCGGUGCUCUACAACCAGCUGGCCUGGCUCAACGGCUACGUCAAGCCCAAAGUGGAGGUCGGCGCGGGCGAAGCCGACGAGGUAGCUGGGAGUGGUGAUGACGUGGAGAAAGAGCCAGAUAAAGACGAGAAGGAGCAGCAUUGUCCUCUGCCUGCCGUUACUACUAGCUUUGCUCUUGUCGAGUCCUGUCCAAACAACCAUGAGGACAUGGGAGUCUCUCUUAAACGUAAAAGGCAAUCAACCACAGAAACUGCGAUGAGCUCUGCAGAUGCCCUCACCAACCUCAGGGAUGAAGAUGAACUGUUUCUCCUCAGCCUUUUGCCUUCACUGAAGAGGCUAACCAUUAAAAAGAGAAUGGAGGUACGGAUGAAAUUCCAGCAAGUGCUUUAUGCCGCAGAGUUUGACGGCUAAAUGGCUCAGUAUGAUCCAUCCAGGGCUUGAUGUGGUAUAAAUGUGCAGUGGCCGGUGGUAGGAUCCUUUUUCUGAACGGCACAAGCCGAUCUCAGUUGGGUAUGUAGCAACAUGGAAACACCAUUUACGGCAAACCCACGGUCAUGAAGAUACUCAUUUAACGUUAGAUGGAAUUUGCCUGAGGAGGAGGAGGAGGGUCCAUGGCGCUAAAUUCUCCUACCACCGACCACUUUUCGCACUCCGCGUCACUCUAAGUAGGAUUUUUCAAGCAUUGAACUGUAAAUAAUUGUGUCAUCAUUAUGACUUUUAAAUAUGUAUUUUCAGACCACCACUGCUAUCAAUAACAUCACUGUUUUCAUUUGAAAACCCCCGUUUGUUACUAGCUAUAAAACAAGAAUAGACACAGGGUAGUUAGGUAACUCCGUAAACAUUCACAGUAAAAUGUAAUUCACCAGAAAUACCAGCUACUUAAUAACUCCCCACUUUUCGAAGCUCAUAAUGUUGAUUUAACUACACGACGUGAUGAAUAUUUUGUCCAAACCCAUUUAUCUCAUUAAAGUUUGUGCUGGUAAAUAUAUGUGUGCAGAUGUACCGCAGAGUCUACAGCAUAAACUACCCGUUAACCUAGUAAAUCCUUACAAAGAAAGUUCUCAAAAUGAAUUGGGUUGAUAAACCUUUCUGUUGGAAAAUAUAUUUUACGUAUAUAUCGACGGCAAAGACAAAUGCCAGAAUUAACUACAUGUAAACCCUUUGAACGUGUGUACACGUUGGCAUUCAUGUGAUAAGAAAAAAAAAUAGGACAGUAUUGUGAAAUAACUUUAAAUAGAAAUACUGCUAUUUUCUUUAUUUCAUUGGGGACAUUUCGCAACAAUAAAUUAAGUCAAUUCUGUGAUUCUGCUUGUCAACAUUUUUCAAACUUUUCAUUUGAUUUUCCUGGACUAAAGAAAUUUCUCUGAAAGUACAUAAAUAUCUCUCCAACUUUCUGGAAGGAGUCAUUUAUACUGUAUUUUUUACAAAUAAAUAUUUUUCUGCAAUGAAAAAACUG